UAAAAACAGCAGUUCACAUAAUUAAUCUUUUUAGAUACGACAAUUAUUUGAGAGAAACUUAAGUCAUGCAUUAUGUGGAUGAACCUGACCUUGCAACACCACCGAUUCAAACAUUGGUGAGAUGCUGGACUUUUAGGGAGCAAAAUAGCACAAAUAUCAGAGCCACGUUGCCUAACCAAAGGCCCUUGAUCUGAAGAUUAGAAAUGACCACCUGAUCAACAUCAGAUGGCUAUUAUGUGAGGACACAGAAGAGUACAGCUGCUGAACUACAUGUUAUCAUGAGAUCGAGCGCCUGACGAACAUGAUACAAUCCUAGAGUCCACUCUGAAACCCCAGGAGGGUUCCAAUGCUUCCCUCCACGCUAAGUGUGGCCACCUCCUUCCCUCCAAAUUUAAAUUCGAACAUCUACCCAAGCCCCGAUCCAAACUCCUAUGAGUCGAGAAGAAGGACCGCUACCUUUCACUCGCCAAAACAAGUCAUCCCUCUAUUGCAGAGAUGCAAAACUAUCGAUCAAUUCCUCCCAAUCCAUGCCGCAAUCCUCAAAACUGGCCUGGACCAAGACCCCCUUCUGCUCUUCAAGAUCCUUCGGCUUUGCUCCGCCUUCAAGUCCAUGGACUACGCCACCCAAAUUUUCCACAGAAUCGAAAUCCCUGAUGUCUAUCACUACACUGCCCUCAUUGGUGGAAAGAUUGCUGCCGCCUCUUAUCUCGAUGCCAUCCGGCUUUACGCUCGAAUGAUUGGCAAGCCCAUUGAACCUGACCUAAUUGUGAUCACUUAUAUUCUGAAAGCCUGUGGGUUGCAGCUGGCAUUGGAAGAAGGAAGACAGGUCCAUGGUCAGGUUUUCAAACUGAAGCUUGGUUCUGAGAGGCCUAUUCGCAUGAAAUUAAUGGAGUUUUAUGGGAAAUGUGGGAAGUUUGAUGAUGCCGGAUGGGUUUUUGGUGAAACGCCUGAGAGAGAUGCGGUCGCUGCGACCAUUUUAAUUUCGUGUUACUCCGAUCAUGGUUUGAUCGAAGAAGCUGAAGCCGUAUUUGGCGGAGUGCAAGAUAAGGAUGCCGUGUGUUGGACUGCAAUGAUUGAUGGGUGUGUUAGGAAUGGGAGGGCGAAUAGGGCACUGGAAUUGUUCAGAGAGAUGCAGAGGGAGAAUGUCCAACCCAAUGAAUUUACUGUCGUUUGUGUUCUAUCGGCUUGCUCUCAGUUGGGUGCAUUGGAGCUUGGAAGAUGGGUCCAUUCUUAUGUGGGCAGGUACAACAUCAGACUGAAUACUUUUGUAGGCUCCACGCUCAUUGAUAUGUACACAAAGUGUGGAAGUAUUGAAGAAGCUCAAGAAGUAUUCGGCAAGUUGGCUGAGAAGGAUGUGGUCUCUUAUAACUCGAUGAUAGUUGGGCUUGCCAUGCAUGGGAGGAGCUAUGAGGCCGUGGAACUAUAUCGGCUGAUGAUUACAAGAGGUCUAAGACCGACUCACAUCACCUUUGUUGGUGUUUUAAAUGCUUGUAGCCACAGUGGACUUGUGGAUAUGGGAUUUGAGAUACUUGAGUCCAUGGUAAAGGAUUAUGGCUUAGAGCCACGAAUAGAGCACUAUGGUUGUAUGGUCGACCUUCUUGGUCGUGUAGGGCGUUUGGAGGAAGCAUAUGAGUUCAUCGAAAGAAUGAGCAUUGAACCAGAUCAUGUUAUAUGGGGGGCUUUGCUUGGUGCAUGUAAGAUCCAUGGAAACUUGACCCUAGGAGAGAAGGUGGCUGGAAUUUUGAUAGAGAGUGAAGCUGCCGACUCUGGAACUUAUGUUCUUCUCUCCAAUGUUUAUGCCUCAUUCGGGAAAUGGGAAAAGGCAGUGAGUGCUAGGGGAAAAAUGAAGGAGAGGGGUAUUCAGAAAGAACCUGGUUGCAGUUCCAUUGAAGUGGACAAUGAGAUCCACGAGUUCCUAUUGGGGGAUAUUAGGCAUCCCCAGAGAGAGGAAAUUUAUCGAAAGCUAGAAGAAUUGAAUGAUGUUCUAAAAUUAGAAGGGUAUUCUCCUGCUAGAGAUGUGGUGUUGCAGGACAUUGAGGAAGAGGAGAAGGAAUGGGCUUUGGCCAUCCAUAGUGAGAGGUUGGCUAUAUGUUAUGGCCUUAUCUCAACUAAACCAGGAACGACAAUACGAGUUGUGAAGAACCUCAGAGUGUGCAGUGAUUGCCAUUCAAUUAUCAAGCUCAUUUCAAAGGUCAGUAGAAGAAAGAUUGUGGUGAGGGAUAGAAAUCGCUUUCACCAUUUUGAAGAUGGGUCCUGUUCUUGCAGAGAUUAUUGGUGAACUCUGAUGGAAUUCAUCCUUGAAUGCAAGUCCAGGAGAAAAUUCUACUCUGGAGAAGGGAGAAAUUUGAUUUUCAGUCUAGGCCUCAUGCUUUUCGGCUGUAGAGUAGGCAUUGUGAAACUCUUUGAUAUAGGCUGCGAAAGAUUGAGUGGAUUGAUCAGAUAUGCAAAACCUGUGGAACUGUAAUUGAAUUUCAUUCAAGAACCUUACUGUAUGUGAUAACAAUGUUGUUCAUAUUUCCACAAAUCCGAAGUUGUU